UACAAUAUUUAUGAUAAAUCAUUUCAUAUAAUGUAUACGGAAAACUAUUUUUUAUUUAUAAAUAUCUUGGGCCAAGCGCCAAAUGGGACUUAGCCUAGACACCUAUCCUUGACAUUUGAUUAAGUAAGAUCGUUACCAUAUGUGAAAUAUAUUUAAUACAAAAAAAAAAUUUUGUUAUUUUUAUAAUUUACAUACCCUGUUCAUAAAAUUUACGUAUGUUUCUCCAGAUAUCGUAUAUUGAAUGACCAAUGACGUCAUAAUAUAUCAGCUGAAAAUUGCUAACAUAAUGGUGUAUUGAGAUCAUUGAUGAUAAAAUAUUCUUUUCGAAAAGAUUUAUAUUAAAAAAUUUUUCAUAAAAAACAUGAAAAUUACAAUAUUGUAUGGUAGUGAGACAGGUACUGCACAAGAUGUGGCUGAACAAAUUUGGAAAAAUGCCAAAAGAAAAGGAUUAGAAAGUAAUGUCUCUACAAUGAAUGAUUAUAAUAUACAAGAUAUCGAUUCAGAAAAAAUAAUAAUAUUUGUAGUUGCAACAACAGGUCAAGGUGAUCCUCCUAAUAAUAUGAGACAAUUUUGGAGAUUUCUAUUACGAAAAAAUUUGCCAACUACAUUGCUUAUUAAUUUAAAUUAUGGAAUAUUAGGUUUAGGUGACAGUUCCUAUCAAAAAUUUAAUUUUGCAGCAAAAAAAUUAAAUAAAAGAUUAAUGCAAUUAGGAGCAAAGGAAUUAAUAUCUCUUGGAUUAGCAGAUGAUCAACAUGAUUUAGGGAUAGAUGCUGUUGUUGAUCCAUGGUUAGAACAAAUGUGGAUGAAAAUUACUAAUACAUUUAAUAUUUCUACAACAGAUAUAAUUACAGAGAAUAAUAAAAAUAACAUAAUUGAAAGAUUUCAUAUUUCUGAAAUAAAUAAAAAUUCCUUAAAUAAUGAAUAUUGUUCAAGUCAUGAUAUUUUUAUGGAAGAAAUAUAUAUAAAUAAUGAAAUUAAAGUAGGUACAAUAAUUGGAAAUAUAAGAACUACAGCACAAGAUCAUUUUCAAGAUGUUAGAUUAAUUAAAUUUCAAUCAGAUAACAUUAAUUAUCAACCUGGAGAUAUAAUAUAUAUUAGACCUAAAAAUUCUCAGAAACAAAUUGAAAGAUUUUUCAAUAUAUUUAAUGAUAAUAAUGUACAAUUAAAUCCAGAUAUAUUAAUUCAAAUAUCUGAAAAAGAAAUUAAAGUACCUAAUGUUUUAAAACAAACACUAACUCUAUAUCAAAUUGUAGAACAAUACUGGGAUUUAAGCUUUAAACCACGUAGAUCUACAAUGCAACUAUUAUUUUUUAUCAGUGAAAAUAAAUUAGAAAAGGAAAAGUUAUAUGAAUUUACAACAGCAAAUGGUCAAGAAGAGCUCUAUAAUUAUAUUAAUAGACCAAGAAGAAAUAUUUUAGAAUUAUUUGCAGAUUUUCCUCAUACAACUAGUAAAUUAAAUAUAAAACUAUUAUUUGAAAUUAUGUCUCCCAUAAAACCUCGUGCUUUUAGCAUAGCUUCAAGUUUAAGAAUUACUAAAAAUGAAAUUCAUCUCUUGGUGGCUGUAGUAAAAUAUAAGACAAAAUUAGUAGAACCAAGAUAUGGAUUAUGUUCAAAUUGGUUAGCAAAUUUAGUAAAGAAUGAUAAAAUAAUAUUUUGGAUGCAAAAAGGAACAUUUAAAUUUGAAUAUAAUAAGCCAAUGAUAUUUAUUGGUCCUGGAACAGGAAUUGCACCAUUUCGUUCAGCUCUAUUGGAUAAAUCUGCAUUAGAUGACAAUUUAAAUAAUUGUAUUCUUUUUUUUGGUUGUAGAAACAAGGAAAAAGAUUAUCAUUGUAAAGAUGAUUUUGAAUGUUUAUCACUGAAAAAGGGUUUAAAUUUAUUUUGUGCCUUUUCCAGAGAUCAAGAACAUAAGAUAUAUGUACAACAUAUUAUACAUGACCAGAAAACACUUUGUUGGGAGUUUCUUAGUAACAAUGGUAACAUUUAUCUAGCAGGUACUGAGCCUGUACGUCUUUCUCCUGGUUGGGAAGGUACAGGUAGACCUGAUGAUGAAUUAAAUUUUAAAGGAGUUACAAUGGAUCAAGCAGAGCUUGAAUUAAAUCCUCCCAAAGAUAGAUUAAAUAUAAUAUUCUGCAUAAUGAUACUUCAUGGAAUUGGAAUUUUGAUGCCAUGGAACAUGUUCAUAACAGCAAAAAAUUAUUUUGUUAAUUACAAAUUAUCUAAGGAAUAUACAGGGAUUGAAACAAAUUAUGCUACAAAUUUUCUUUCAUACCUAGCAUUUGCAGCACAGAUACCAAAUAUAUUAUUUAAUUGGUUAAAUGUAUUUAUACAAUUUGGUGGCAAUUUGACAACACGUAUAGUAUGGGGCAUUUUCAUACAAGUUUUAAUAUUUGUAUGUACCGUUAUUUUGGCAAUGACUGAUAGCUCUGAUUGGCCAGGUGCCUUUUUCUGGAUUACCAUGAUUUCUGUUAUUAUAUUAAACACUGCUAAUGGAAUUUACCAAAACUCUGUGUUUGGUAUGGUGGCAAAGUUACCUACAAAGUACACAGGAGCUGUUAUCCUAGGCACUAAUAUAAGUGGAACAUUUACAGCAAUAAUUAAUUUUCUUGCUCAAUAUAUGGCACCAAAUGCUCGGACUGCGGCAAUAUAUUAUUUUAUAACAGCAUUGUUUAUUCUUCUUGCAUGCUUUGAUACUUAUUUUGCACUUCCAAUAAAUAGAUUUUACCGGUAUUGUGAAUUAUUGCAUCAAAAAGGAAUAAAUAAAAGACAAUUAGAAAAUAGUACAAGAGGCAAACAUGAUACAUUACCUUAUUGGAAAAUAUUCAAACAGUGUUUUCCUCAAUGUUUCAAUACAUUUUUUAUAUUUUUUGUAACUCUUUCUUUGUUUCCAUCUGUUCAUUCUGAUAUAAUAAGUUCGGAUCCUAACUUCAUAGUUCCACCAGAUUAUUAUAGUACUGUCAUGUGUUUCCUCACAUUCAACAUUACAGCUCUAAUUGGUAGUUCAAUUGCAUCAUUGGUUCAAUGGCCUAGUAAGAGGUACUUAAUAAUCCCAGUUGCAUUACGUAUUUUAUAUAUACCAUUGUUUUUAUUAUGUAAUUACAAACCAAAAGGUAUUUUAAGAACAUUACCAGUAUAUAUUAAUAAUGAUUGGAUUUAUUUUUUAAUCGCCAUUACAAUGGGAAUAAGUAGUGGUUAUUUUUCUUCUUUAUCUAUGAUGUAUUGUCCAAGAAUGGUAGAUUCUCAAUACAUGGCAACAGCUGGCAUGUUUGGGGCAGCAUCAUUAAUUACAGGAAUUUUUACUGGAAUAUUGUUUUCUAUGGUCAUGCCUAUUUUGGUAGCAAAUAUAUCUUUUGAAUUAUCUUAAUGUGUACAAGAUUUAAUGAUAGAAUAUUAAUCCAUUUUUGAACACAUUCAUAUUGAAAAAUCAAAAGAAUACAAAAAAACAAAAUUAGAGUUCAACAUAAAGUACAAUUCAAUUUUGAAUUUACACUAUUUAUUUUUAAUAGAUUUUUUAAUACUUGGAAGAAUGAAGCUGAAAAUAAAUUUUAUGUCAUUAUAAUGUCAUUAUGAUUUCAUAAAGUAAAAUAUUAAUAA